AGGAAGGAAACAGCAUGUGCAUAUACCAGUUAGCAACCAACGGAAUACAAAGGUAUGCAUUUCUUUCCAGCAGGAUUAGUAAAAUUUAUGUAGCAGCAACAAUCCAUUAAGAGGAGAUGGCUGCAGUCUAAUAUUAAACAAGCUUUAUUACACAACUUUGAAGGUAGUGCAUUUUUGGACUUCAGUUCUAGCUGCAUUUAUUGUUACGGUGAAAUUGAAGAGUUAGCAAUUAAAAUAAAUUUCAUACCUGAGUAGCUUUUGCAGGCUUUGUAAAACAGUGGAAGAAUUCUCUUACGUCUUUGGAGCACCACAUAUUUCCUUAUAUUGCAUAGGGGAAGCAUGAGCUCAUGAGUAUGAGCUACACUGCAUACCGUUUCAUUUUCAGAUAUGUUUUCAUUUGUUAAACCAAUCCAAUAAGCCCUCCAGUACCAUUUUCAGAAGAGACUGUAGCAUGGUGAAAGAGCCUAGGUUCAGGAAUUAGCCCUGGUUAGAAGCUCAGCAUCACCACUUAUUCUGUACAACCUUGGGCAAGGGACUUAAUGUCUCUCAGCCUCAACUCUUUAGUUGUAAAACAGUGACAAUACUCAUAUGCCAAUCUUGAAAUAUAAUGAGGAUUUUAUUUUAUACUUUAUUAUUUUAUUUAUAUAUUAUCUUAUAUCUACAACAUCAUUAAUAUUAUGCUAUACUAACUAAUAAGUAGACAUAACAUUAAUAAUAUAUUUCAUGAGCACCCAUAAUGUGCCAGGCAUGGUGCUAACACUUAAUGUAUCAUAGGAUACCUGGCACAGAGCAGGCACUCAAUUGGUAGCUAUUAAAAAUCAUAACCUUAUUCCAAGUGUUUCAUGUUCUAGAUAAUAUUUCAUGCCCUAUGUAUCCAAAGUGACUGGCAAGCUCAUAUAAAAUAGACCUUCCCUAAUUUAGAGCACAAGGAAAUGGUGCUCCCCACCAAAUUGAAUACCAGCUAAAUAAUUAGAAGGAAACUUAAUGAAUCCUCCUUAAAGAAGGAACCCUACUAUCUAUAGAUUUUACAUGCAUUUUUUUAUCCUGAGCUAAGUCAGGCUAACUGUUCUUCCUCUUAUUCAGUAUUACUAAUAUACUGUAUGUACCAAAUUAGUUUUAUGACAUUGGGCAAAGGAAAUAACUAUCUAUUGCCAUGUGUUAGGCACUGUGCUAAGAGUGCCAUGUAUACUAUCUUUAAUCCUCACACUUGCUCUGCAAGGUGUGCGGUGUUUUUUUUUUGUUUUUUUUUAAUAUAGUUGACAAAAUGAAGUCAUGAUAAGUUAAGUAAUCAGCAAGGACGCACAGAUAGUAAAAGUGAAGCUGGGGGUCUUCCCUAGUGGCGCAGUGGUUGGGAGUCCGCCUGCCAACGCAGGGGACACGGGUUCGAGCCCUGGUCCGGGAAGAUCCCACAUGCCGCGGAGCAACUAAGCCCAUGCGCCACAACUACGGAAGCCUGCACGCGUAGAGCCCAUGCUCCGCAACAAGAGAAGCCACCACAAUGAGAAGCCCGCGCACCGCAAGGAAGUGGGGCCCCUGCUAGCCGCAACUGGAGAAGGCCCACGUGCAACAACAAAGACCCAAUUCAGCCAAAAAUCAAUCAAUCAAUCAAUCAAUCAAUUUAUUUUAAAAAAAGUGAAGAUGGGAAUGUAACCCAGGUUUGUAUGGUUCCAGAGCCCACACUGUUAAAAAAUGACCAGGCUAGCUCUAUAAUUAUCUUUGUUAUUAACAUGACUUAUGUCUCCUGCAUUUGGACCCAGACAAGUUAAGCAACUAUACUUUUGAAGAAAGUUAAAGGGCAAAAUAUAAUAAUUUUAAGUACCUACUUACAAACAAGUAAAGUAUCCUACUUUCUUGCAACAAAUAAUUAAUUCUGAAAAAGAGUCAUUAAAAUGAGAGUUCUAUCUGCCAGUCACAAAUACCAGACCAAGAGAGGCUACAGGACCUUGUAAAUUCAUCUAAUUUCUUAUAACACACACUGCUUUUUCCUGAACUGUAAAGCACAAUAAUUUGAAGGACGACUGACAGACAUCAGUGAAAUAAGUAAAUUAAAUAUUUGUAAUAAUACAACUUUAUUAAUAGAAGGCAGCAUAAUACAGCCAGUUUUAGGACUGAAUUCCUAUUACUCCACUACUUCUUGGCUAUGUGACCUUGGCAAGUCACUGAACCUUUCAGAGCCUCGAUUCCCUCAGUUGUAAAACCCAACUUUGCAGGGUGAGAAUUGGGGAUAAUGGAGGUAAACCUCCCAUCAUACUGGCUAACAGAGAGCAGACAGUUAAUAAAUUUUAAAGCCAGGACACACAGGGAGCCAGAUGAUUUAGAGUUCCUAGGGAGAACAGCUUUACUGAAUAAGUAAAAACCACUUAGAUAUCACAUCAAUUGUUAGAAAUUAGUGGAUAUUAUAAAAAUGCCUAGAGGUUCCAGAAAUGUUUAUCCUUUUGAAUUGUUUAUUCUCACAGCAUAUGUAUUCAAAUAACUACAGAUUUGCUAGGAAAAUCUCAGAAAAAAACAAAACAAAACAACCAACACAUCCAAACACUAGAAAGAUACAAAAUUAGUCUCUGCCCAAUUUCAGGCCAAAUCAAUAUUAGUUUCCUCAUACAAUCCUCUUACUUAUGAGAGGUUUAUAAGAAGAGAAAAAAAUAAUGUAUCCAGGAGCAGUACACGUGGAUUUGAAAGUCUGGAAGUCAGAAUUUCUGAUUUCUCUCUCUUGACUGCUAUAUUUGUCUCUGACUGAAAAUUUGAUAAUCCCCUCUCCCACACUUUUUCUUGAAAAUUGAUAAUCCUCAAGCAAUGUAAAAUCCAGCAGUAAACAAACAUACAGGCAGUGAUAGCAUUUAGAACUUCAGAAUUUCAAAAGCCUGAAAGCACUUGCCAAUAAGGAACAUCCUAAACAUGUCACUUUGUAGUUUGAGAGAGCAAAGAGAGCUAGCCACACAGUUAAGCAUACAGCAUAGGGAACAUGAAGGAAAAGCAAGGGCAAAAAGACCAGCAAAAGCUCUCAUAAAGAAAGGCGGGGGAGGGAGGAUGAUAUACCUAAAUUAUAUAUUUGGAAGGGUGGGGGAGUCACCACGCAAUUUAGGAUGUUGAGUCAACAGUUCUUUAGAAACUGCAAAACAACUCGAUUAGUGGAAUGGAAUUAAAGGAAAGGCAGCACCUGAGGGCGGACUAGGAGAGGAGAAAGGGUCACUCUGUCCAUAAGUUGUGAUCCCCCUACGAAAGGCAGUCUCAUUUCCUUCCCACUCCACUUAUUCCCUCUGUCUUCUACUGCACUGAAUGGUUUCCUCCUCCUUCCGGGACCAGCCCCUUUCCAGUCCCGCGGGCCGCUGCUUCCGCCUCUGCCGUCCUCUCAGCUCCGCCCUGACCCGCCCGAAACUGCCGCCUCUCGCCCCACCUCUAGGUCUACGAACUUCUAGGAGGAAAUCUUCCUGUGAAUUGCACCCAAGAGUCCUAAUAAUUCAGAACACGGUGCAAACACGUGAAAGUAGUUGGAGUCCCCUAGCAAUGGAUAAAUUCGUCCUUCGAACACCCAGAGUCCAGAAUAGUCCUCAGAAGAAAGCUCCUGGAGGAAAGAUUUACAAGCAGGCCACGAUUGAAUCUCUGAAGAGAGUUGUGGUUAUAGAAGACAUAAAAAGAUGGAAAACUAUGUUGGAGCUUCCUGAUCAAACCAAAGAGAAUCUAGUUGAAGCCUUACGAGAAUUAAAGAAGAAAAUACCCUCCAAGGAAGUGUUAAAAUCAACAAGGAUAGGUCACACUGUGAACAAGAUGCGUCAACACUCAGAUUCAGAAGUGGCUUGUCUUGCCAGAGAAGUUUACACUGAGUGGAGAACUUUCAUUGAAAAACACGUGGAUAGACCUUCUAUAGAAGUCCGAAGUGAUUCCAAAACCGAGACAUUUAGGAAAAACGCCCAGAAAUUACUCUCGGAAGCCUUGGAAUUGGAGAUGGAUCACCUACUGGUUGAAAAUAUUGAACAGGAAACUUUUCAUCUCUGUUCCCGCCUCAUUAAUGGGCCAUACCGACGGACAGUGAGAGCCCUGGUCUUCACAUUAAAGCAUCGAGCUGAAAUCCGGGCUCAGGUGAAGAACGGCACGCUGCCAGUCGGCACGUUUGUACAGACCCACAAAAAGUGACCUGAGGAUGGUUCCAAACCUGGGCUGGGCAGAAAGGAAAAUGGGCCUUUCUCUGCCAUUCAAAGACUCUUUUAAGUUUGGGCGAUGGCUGAUGCUGGCGGUGCUGAAUUUUCCCAUGGUGCCAUUCCUUCAGACAGAGGAUACAGAGAGCCCUGGGAGACAGACCUGCAGGAAAUGCUUCAUUAGCUGGCGUGCGCUGGUGCUGCCUAACAGGAUGUGCGCUCGCUGUCGCUAGGAAGCGCAGUACGGUUGCCAUCACCCAACACAGUGAAAGGGUGACGGAUUCCACUGUGAAUAUGCCAGGGACACCUCUAAACUUCCCCCGUGUCAGGCAGAUGAAGUUACUACUUUAUUUUGCCACCCUGCAGGUAACUGAAACUCAAUUACCACAGCUGCUCACUCGGUUCCAUCCCCCUGAGUUUAGAUAGCUCCAGUGCCUCUCAGAACUCCCCUGUCUGUACUCUUUGCUCUACCCCAGGGGUGAGCCUGCCGGAGCCCGCCAACUACCCCUUCUUUCCGGAGCUCACUUAUCUGAACGUUUCAGCUCUCCCUGGAAGACCUUCUGCAUUGGUCUCCAGAGCCCCCAUGCUGAGGCUUCUAAUGAGGAACUGGCCUGAAGCAUCCCCACACCUUGGGGUUUAUUUGAAUAUGUUGGCUCUCUCGGUUUAGGGCUCUGUAGAAGAUACAUAAUGAAAUUGCUCUUGAAAUGAAUUACUGUAGGAGAAAAAUUAUAUACAUAUGUAUUUUCAAAUGAAAUACCCGUAUGUAGACUUGCUUGAACAAUUAUGUGAUAUUUGCUUUUUUAAAAAAGUAAUAAUAAACUGGGGCUUUUUUGUCCCUAAAACCAAA